ACAUACGGAGGAAGGAACCCAGCUUGGCUGCCCUUUCCUCUCCCUUGGUCACGACUUCCAAAAAUGGUUAUGUACUUCAAUUCAUACAGGUUUUGGUUUUUUACUCUUAUUUCCAUCGUCAUAAAUUAUCUCUGCCGCCCUCGAGCCUGAACCAUACCGCUUCACCAGUAUGCGAAUAUCCAGAGUCCUAUCAUCAAAAUCCAAACCAUCACUUCAUCUUUCGUUCACUGCCUAACCUCUUUUCCGACCAUCAAAAUGUGGCAAAAGGAAGAUCCAUUCACAACUCCCAUCACUUCACCUAAUCUUCCCUAUCGAUGGGCUCGGGCAAACCGUCAUUCACGCUUCUCUGGAUUUCGAGUCACCCCUACGAGGAUAGGAAUUGCCUUGAUUGUUUGUGGUUUUCUGUUCUUAGUUCAUGGAUUGUUCCCUAAGGCUGCAGUUGCAGAGGUUUUUGCUCAUGCCACCAUCAAUGUACGUGCGAUACUAAUACAAUAUAGGCCCCUUUAAAGUCCAUUGUCGAUCUGAACAAUAGAACUAUCCCCAAUGUCCCCUUUCAACCUUUAGAAUUAAAUACCUACCGAGCGCCAGAUAUCACCGACGCGUUUUCAACAUAUAAAUUUCGAAACACUUGCAACGUUUCCUCCCUACAUCUUCAUGCUCCUUUCAGUCCUUUAUGCUCCGAUAGACAAUCUAUGCUAACGGCUAUGGCAUCCGGUGGUCGUAUUGGCUUUGAUGCACCAUAUAUGCCUAGGGAUUGUGACUUUCGUUGGUUCACGUCCGAGGAGAUAUGCGAUAUAUUUGGAAGAUUUGAAAAGGUGAUGGUUAUUGGGGAUAGUAUGUUGAGACAUGUUCUAGGUUGUUUCAAUAUCUUUUUGAGAAAGGAUAUCGGGUAUGGUGCUGUGACGGAUUGGAAUUUUAAUACACAAGAGAGGUAGGCUUUUGUAUACCGAUCAGGCUCCCGCGCGAACUAAUCUUCCCGUCGGUUGGAUGUUCUGGAUCUUCUCGAAGAUAUUUUGAGCUGCUCCUCUCCCUUCCUGCUCGCCUUGCCAGUGGCACCUCUUCUAUCAUACCACUCAGAGAAUUGAAGACCAAGAUACUGAUUGAAGUUUAGAAAAGAAUGUUUUUGUAAUGAGCAGUUCGAUGUAAAAGCUUGCUCGGUACAAGGUAUAUACAAGACCUCGGAUGUAGAGGUUCAUGAUCCAGGAAGUAUAUCUUGUUCCAAUUCCAUCAAUGUUAUGAGUGAGUACGCCGAUACCUCGGAGGAAUCCCCACCACUAAUACUCAAAACAGUGGAAGAGAUGGUAUAUUAUAACAUACCUGAUGAUGAGAUAUCUCGCCUUCGAGCCGACCUUCUCUUCCGUCCUACUUCCAAGCCGAUAGGCAUAAUUUUCGGCCAUGGUCUAUGGUCUGAUCUUGACCUUCCCAAAACGAUUCAAUGGCUUGACACUUUGGUUUUGCUUAUAGACUCUACAAUUGGUCGAGGUAAAUGGAAAGGACUCUUCGUCACCCCGAAUGCAGCAGGAAAAGAAAAGACGGACGAAUGGAUUGUAAGCCAGGGCAAUAAAGCAUUGAUGCUAUAUGAAGAGGCAGUUGGAAUUGAAGCGAGAAAGAGAGGAUUGGAGCAUUUAGGGACUUGGAAUAUGAGUAUUCAAGCGAGGAAAUAUGAUGGAGUACAUUUGGAUUUGAAGGGGAAUUUAGUGAAGAGUAUGAUGAUUAUUAAUUGGUUGGCGAUGUUGUGAGUAGGAUGAUGAGGUGGGAUGAUGGGAUUUGGGGGUGCGAUGACUCCAAGAUGAUGAUAUUCUCUCAUGGUUAAAGCAUCUCAUGAUCAAACCAUUGUUAAAAUGCUAAGAGUGUAUAUCUCAAAGAAUGCUUGAUUGUCACAGUUGAAGCAGGACAUUGAUGAGAG